GCGUGCGCACACACACACACACACCCCGGUACCGACCUGCAACAAUGACCAAGGAUUCCCCGGAGGAAGAGGAGGAGAGCUGCUCUGCGAGCAGAGGAGGAAAAGGAAGACCGGUUCGGAGAAACCGAGCCGACGAUAAUGUCACCAUGUUGACCUCCUCCAUGGAUCCCCUCAGAGCCAGUCGCAGCCGGGCCAGCAGCAGGACCGAUGGCGUCCGGAGUGUCACCUCCUCCCUGGAUCUCAGCGCCUCCUCGCUGGACAUGAGCAUCCAGACCCGGAUCUUCAAGAUCAUCGUCAUCGGGGACUCCAAUGUGGGGAAGACCUGCCUCACCUUCCGCUUCACUGGAGGCAGCUUCCCCGACAAGACCGAGGCCACCAUCGGCGUGGACUUCAGGGAGAAGGCAGUGGAGAUCGAGGAGGAAACGAUCAAGGUGCAGGUGUGGGACACAGCAGGCCAGGAGCGGUUUCGCAAGUCCAUGGUGGAACACUACUACCGUAAUGUCCAUGCAGUGGUCUUUGUGUAUGAUGUUACCAAGAUGGCUUCCUUCCGCAACCUACAGACAUGGAUAGAGGAAUGUAAUGGCCAUCGAGUGUCGGCAUCAGUGCCUCGAGUUCUGGUGGGAAACAAAUGUGACCUUGUUGAUCAAAUACAGGUGCCCUCCAACAUGGCAUUAAAGUUUGCAGAUUCUCACAACAUGCUGCUGUUCGAGACAUCAGCGAAAGAUCCUAAGGAGAGUCAGAACGUUGAUUCAAUCUUCAUGUCACUGGCCUGCCGUCUGAAGGCCCAGAAGUCUCUGUUGUACAGAGAUGUGGAGCGAGAAGAUGGACGAGUUCGACUUAUCCAGGAAACUGAAACCAAGACCAACUGUCCCUGCUGAGCAGAAGAAACUGUUUUAAAAUGAGUAAAACUUUCUGGUGUACUGAAGGAUGGGGGUGUUGAAGCUAAAGCUAAGAGCAAGGUGAAGGUAGUCUAACCCUUCAUGAGAAGGACAGAUUACUGAAGUGGACAAAAAUGUGGAGGAGAAGAAACUAAACCAUCAGGAUUCCUAGGAAAAAUAGAUUGGGGCAUGGUACAUAUUAAUGAUUCAAAGCCGACAUGUUGCUGCCUUUUAAACUAAAUAAAGAGCAUUCUUCCACUUAUUACAGCAGAAACACAUUCUGGGUGAACGUACAUCAUUGAAUCGAGCCUUGGCUUAGGAUUUAACGCAGAUGUAGUUUAUUAUUGCUCAUAUUUCAUGGUAGCGAGUGAUCAUAUAAUUUCUUAUGCGUUUGUCUAUUAGCAAAAAAUCUCAUGCACCAUUUUGAAACUCUUAGAAAGUGAUCAUUGAAUGGCUACAACUGAUUAUUUGUAUUUCACCUGAUUCAAGAUGGUUGCCACAGUUUACUCACUUUACAAACCUAAAAUGUCUAUCGCAGUCGUUUUUACAAAUACUGAGACAAAAUUUAUUGUAGUUGCCAAGACUCUUUCACAAAUCAUACUUUGAGCACUAACAGGUUGUACAAAUUUGUUUUUAUUACUUUAUUUUACCAGGAAGAAAUCCAUUGAGAUCAUUAAUCUCUUUUACAAGGAUGUCCUGGAGAAAAUCUUGAUUUAAAUCUUGGGCGUGCAAGGCGACAGGUUGUAUACAUUUUUUCAUGGAACAAAACUUUGUAUGUUUUUUUUUUUUCCAUUCUCAUCAGUUUUAGUGUCAUUUGAACUGGAAGCAGGAUUCUCCAACUAUGCCACCUUAAAAUUCAAAAGCUGCUUCAUCCAUACUGUUUAUUCAAGAGAGCAAAAGUAAAAUUUAGUAGAAAGGAGCUUAAAGUAAUUUUUUUACAGCCAAUCAAAACAUUUGACAUAAUAUUUCAAUUAAUUGCUAAACAUGCCAUUAACUAUCCUUAACGUUAAGGUAGCCUAACCCUUCACGAGAAAGACGGAUUACUGAAAAAUCAAUAGCAACAUGAAGUACAUAAGAAGGAUGUUAAAAUUGAUUAAAUGGGGGACUAUAAACUCAAGGUGAGCUUUAUGGAUCUAGAGGCUCCUUGACUAGAAAGGUUCCUAAAAAUGAACUGUUUCCUGUAUAGGAUGGCCAGCAGCAAAACACCUAUUGAUUAAUAAAC